AUGCGUUAUACUGUCCUCGCCUUCGCUGUCGGCGCCACUGCCGCUCCCCUCGCCAGCUACUCUUCCGGAGUCUGCCCUAUUGGACUAUACAGCAACCCUCAAUGCUGUGCCACUGACGUCCUUGGUGUUGCCGCCUUGAACUGCCAGAACCCGGCCACCACUCCCACCAGCGCGGAUCAAUUUAUCAGCGGAUGCGCUGGUACGGGUCAGCAAGCCAAAUGCUGCGUCAUCCCAGUUGCAAACCAGGCUGUCCUUUGCCAGGAUGUCAGCCCUAAUGCAAAGAGCAACGGCGGUGCUAACGGAGGCAACAACGGCGGUGCUAACGGAGGCAACAACGGUGGUGCUAACGGAGGCAACAACGGUGACGACAACAACGAUGGAAAUGGCGAUGAUGCUGAUGGCGACGAUGACAGUGAUGCUCACGGAGCUGGUGACCAAUCCGCUAAGACCCCUACUUCCUCCUAUCCUGCUUCCCAGGAGACCCCUUGCCCUUCUGAUGUCCCUUACUAG